AACGGAAAUGAAUCUUCACACAGGAAAGAAGUGGCUGUUUUCCGAUAGAGGGCGCUAGUAUGGGUAAUUUGGUAGUGGACGAGGGCAAAUAUCUUUCCUCCCACGUAAAACUACGGUCAGGGUGUGGACGCUGGGGACGUAGACAAUCUGCUUUAAUCCCAAUCUAGCUAACUCUUUCUGUGUAAUAAUAUAUCCUGUUUAAUCCAUAGGGAUUGUGUCACUGGAACUCCACUGUAGCUGUUGUCUCCUUGCUAAGGGACGAAUGCACUCCAGGCCACCCCUGAAUUCCUUUGGCUGCCUCCCUUGUGUAUCCCAGUCCCAUCAACGUCUCUCAGAGUGUAAGUUAACAGAAGAAGCAGAGUGAGCCAUCAUGGAUGAUAUUUUUACCCAGUGCCGGGAAGGCAACGCAGUAGCUGUUCGCCUAUGGUUGGACAACACAGAGAAUGACCUCAAUCAGGGUGAUGACCAUGGCUUCAGUCCUCUCCACUGGGCGUGCAGGGAAGGCCGCUCCAGCGUGGUGGACAUGCUCAUCAUGAGAGGGGCUCGCAUCAACGUCAUGAACAGAGGAGAUGACACGCCCCUGCACCUGGCCUCCAGCCACGGCCACAGAGACAUCGUGGGCAAGCUGAUCCAGUGCAAAGCAGACACCAACACUGCCAAUGAGCACGGCAACACACCAUUGCAUUACGCCUGCUUCUGGGGACAGGAGUUAGUGGCUGAGGACCUGGUGACUAACGGAGCUCAGGUGAACAUCUGUAAUAAGUAUGGAGAAACUCCUCUGGACAAAGCCAAACCUCACCUGCGUGAAGCCCUCCAAGAGAAAGCAGAGAAGUUGGGCCAGAGUUUGACCAAGGUCCCCUUCAAGGACACGUUCUGGAAAGGCACCACCAGAACUCGACCCCGUAAUGGCACGUUGAACAAAGCAGCGGGCAUUGACUUCAAACAGCUCUCCCUCCUGGCUAAGAUCAAUGAGAACCAGUCUGGAGAGUUGUGGCAAGGCCGCUGGCAGGGGAAUGAGGUUGUGGUGAAAGUGUUGAAGGUUCGCGACUGGUCCACCAGAAAAAGCAGAGACUUCAAUGAGGAGUAUCCCAAACUCCGGAUAUUCUCCCACCCCAAUGUGCUGCCCAUGUUGGGAGCGUGUCAGUCUCCUCCCGCCCCUCACCCCAUCAUCAUCACACACUGGAUGCCCUAUGGCUCCCUCUACAACGUGCUUCACGAGGGCACCAACUUUGUGGUUGACCAGACACAGGCGGUGAAGUUUGCUUUGGACAUUGCCUGUGGGAUGGCCUUCCUCCACACGCUCGAGCCCAUGAUCUCGCGGCACUCUCUCAACAGCAAGAGUGUCAUGAUCGACGAGGACAUGACAGCCAGGAUCAGCAUGUCAGACGUCAAGUUCUCCUUCCAGUGUCCUGGCAGGAUGUACUCCCCAGCAUGGGUAGCCCCUGAAGCCCUGCAGAAGAAGCCUGAGGAGAUCAACCGGCGGUCAGCAGACAUGUGGAGCUUCGCUGUGUUGCUGUGGGAGCUGGUGACCAGGGAGGUGCCCUUCGCUGACCUCUCCAACAUGGAGAUAGGCAUGAAGGUGGCCCUGGAAGGCCUACGACCCACAAUUCCUCCGGGCAUCUCACCCCACAUCUGCAAGCUCAUGAAGAUCUGUAUGAACGAAGAUCCAGCCAAGAGGCCUAAAUUUGACAUGAUCGUACCCAUCCUAGAGAAAAUGCAGGACAAGUGAACUGCUUUUUUGCUCUUCCUUGAGCAGAGCAAAACCCCAGAUAUCUUGCCCUAGAUAUCAUCCAGAGAUGUGGUGCUUACCAGUGUUGCCUUAGACCUACUCUCACUACUUACCGCUGCCCUCAAUGUCACUAACUUAAGCCUCUGAAACCGGCGACAGUCACUUAUUCUCUUCUUGAUUAUGAUUUUUACUUGACUUAUCAAGACACGUUUUAAUCAUACUUUCAUCUACGUCACUGUCUUAUCGCGUCCAUGCUGGAGCUAAGAACUGACACUUACGACUGUUGUGUUCUAAUCAUGUGGACUGAGUACAAGCCUCUGACUGAAUAACCUGUGGAGGUCAGGAUGACUAUCUGUCUUUCGCACUGCUUCCUUUCUUUACCUUUGGAGGAGGUCUCACUAACUAGGGGUCAGACGCUGUAAAGUGACUUGCAACCUAUUAUUCCUGAUAAAGAAAGCUCUUCCGAAAACGACACGUUGCUGUAUUAUCCUGAAGCUUGUCUUGUGGAACUGAGUGUGUACUAUAUGGCUUGUUUCCUUUGUGCAAGUAGUAUGUAUGCAAACAGGGUUAUAGGACUGCUCCUGCUGUUACACUAUUUAUCCAACAAAGCAUUUCCAUGUCCAGUAUUCUUCAGGAAGUGCAGGGGAAUGAGCGGAACCACUUUUUACACGUGCGCUACUUUGUGUUAAUUGUUAAUCUUUGAUUCCAAUGGAUGUUGAAAGAGGGAACUACCCUCUGAGUGGGAAGUCAGAAGUAUAGUAUCUGACUUUAUAAGGCAUCCGCAUACUAGGUUCGGUUUGAUCCUAGCAUAACUUGUUUAGGCGACGGGAAUGUCUGUGCCUUGCAUAUUUCAUUAAGACAUUUGCUUGAAAAACGAGAAAGAAGCGUCAAUAUUACUUUAGCCUGCAUCAGAAGCCGUACAACAACACAGCCAUAAUACUUCCUCAAAAUUGCCUGAAUUAAUCUAACAUAAAUCAAGGAAUCUGUAAUCAAUAUAGACCUUUUUGCUGAGGUCUUAGUUGCACAAUUUUACAUCUAAGCUGCAUGUUGCAGUAUUUCUCAAGUUAACAAAAUGUGUGUGUGAACUUCUCAUAGAAUUACAACAUAUAAUUGAAGAAUUCCUGUUGACCAAUCACUGAUGAAAGGGCGUGGUCUUUGGCUACCAAACUUCAGCUUGCAUCAAGGAAGAGAAGUGUGCUGUAACAGGUGAAAAAACCACCUGUCGAAUGCUGCUGAACACCAAAACAAAUGACAACAUUUUGCCAAUAUAUGCACAAACUUUUUAGACUGGGAAGCAUACCUCUCUGUGCACUGCAUCAGACAGUUUGGUAUAUUUCAUCCACAGUAUUUUCUGCCCUCAGAUCAUUGGGAUUUGUUUUCUUAUACUCUCAUCUUCGUUGAAUUCUGUGGCUAUGUUUAUGCCUGAGGCAAUUCUCAACUUUUCACAGGUGAGUGAAGAUGAAAUGGACAAUAAGGGGAUAACAUUAACAUUCUGCUAUCUGUUACUUUGUUUCCGCUUGCUUUUUGACUUCACUGCAUUGUUGUGCUCUGAUAUGAGUUCCGUCUUUAUUGGCCAAUACUUAUUUGUUUUUGAACAUAAGUUCUUUGUGCCUCCACCAGCUUGCUUAUUUCUGCUGAAUCACUGGGGUAAACGUCAAAACCAAGCAUGUCUUAUACAAAUGUAUGUAAUUUAUAAGUAUAUUAAUAAAAUAAAAUGUUGGUAUCUAGUCCGAAA